AUGUCUUUGACCUCAAGCUGUCAACCUUAUGGUCAAAAUGAGACACUUGUCUCGUCUAUCCGUAAUAUUACAAAGGAUUAUCCCUCCGAAAGUGUUUUUAAGGAAUUUCUCCAAAAUGCCGAUGAUGCAGGAGCUACUAGAUUUCAUGUAAUAAUCGAUGCUCGUCGACAUCCCACUGAGACUUUACUUUCAAAUGAAAUGAAGGCUUGGCAGGGUCCUGCCAUAUUGAUAUUCAACGAUGCAAAAUUUAAAAAAAGCGACUUUGAUUCGCUUAUGCAGAUUCGUGUUGGCGGAAAACAAGGUGAUGAUACAAAGAUUGGGAAGCAUGGACUGGGCUUUAAUUCAUGCUACCAUUUCACCGACGUUCCAAGUUUUAUCAGUGGAGAUUGUAUUGCGUUUUUGGAUCCACAUCAGAAAUACUUGCCCACAAAAGAACGUGGUAGUAUUGGAACUUUUCCAAAAGAAGGCCUCAAUGGGUUCCCUGAAAGAGAUCAAUUGGUUCCUUAUGAAGGUAUAGAAGGUAACGAUUUUCGAUCUACCUUCGAAGGAACACUCUUUCGGUUACCAUUUCGGCAACAACCCAGUGAAAUAUCUGAUAGUAUUUUUAUUACGGAGGACGUUCUCAAAUUAGUUAACAGCAUUAAGUCAAAUGCUGCCUCACAAUUUUUAUUUCUCCGGAAUAUUGAAAGUUUUGAAGUAUCACAUAUACCAGGAGGUACAUCUCCACAACAAAUGAUUCCUCUUUGGAAAGCAACCAUAAUAGGGUUGGAUGAUGAUGUACGAAAUAAAAGAAAACGUAUCAGCAACGAUGCACUUCAAAUUUAUGAGAUGAAGGUUGAAUUAAUUGACAGCGCAUUCAAACAAAUAGAUCAUUGGAUUGUUGCUACUGGCGCUCAAAAAGAUCCCGAAGAUCUUCAGUUGAAGCAAUAUGCAAAACGACACCGAUUACGUAUAUUAGGUGGUAUUGCCGCGCCGUUAAGUAGUUCUAAAAAGAGAAUUCAUACUUCAGACCAACAAAUUAACUUUUUUGGAAAUUUAAACGAAAUUCCAAGUGAAUUUAAGGGUAGAAUGUAUUCUUUUCUUUCAUUGCCUGAUGUCACAAAUCUACCUGUUCAUUUGAGUGGAACCUGGGCUCAAAGUUCGGACCGAGCAAGGCUAUUAAUUGAAAAAGAUGACACGCCGGAUAUUGAUCGUCAGAAACUUCAAUGGAAUAGGCAUAUACUGCUCGAAUUCCUACCAAAAAUUCAUUGCGGGCUCCUAAAAGAAAUUAUCGAAUUGCAGAAAAGUAAAAAAAUUAAUCUAGUAAGCAAGCCUACAUCAAAAUUUUGGCCAUUUCCACCCAUUUCCCGAAAUCAUCCAAAGUAUACAGUUGAAUAUGGCUGCAAGGUGCUCCAACAUAUGUUACAAACCAAAGAUAUCUUUCCGUUGAUUGCUGAUGGCAUGAAAUAUGAUCAUAAUCUUAAGACAAUGAUCCUUUCAUUGCCUAUGUGGCCAGUGCGCAUAAGUUCAUUAGAUCAAAUAUCAAAGCCAGCUUUAAAGCCGGUUUCAUGUGGAUAUAUUUUGCCAAAAGAAAUAGACUUAUAUAAAUUGAAAACAAAUACAACAUAUUUGGCUUAUUCUGAUGAUCUUGAUGAACGAAUUUUGGCAGAUCUUAAUGUUCCCCAUCGAGAUGUAUUCUCGUAUAUUUUUGAGGAUGUUGAAUUUCCUAAAAAAUUCGAUGAUCAAUAUAUGAUGUUCCUGAAAAGCAUACUCAAAUAUGAGAAAGAUAACCCUUAUGGUAGAAUUAUUCAUGGUCUAAAAGGAAGACGUUGUUUUCCUACAGAUACCAGAAAAACAUUGAAGAAAAUCUCAGAUCUAUAUCAUAACAGCACCAUUUUUUAUACCGUGUUUGCAGACUCGGACGUUUUUCUUCAUCCGGAUCUUAAUGAAUAUUCGGCAGAGUUAUCAGCUAUUGGAUACAAAAAUAGAAUCAACCAAGAAACAUUCAAUAAAUGUGCAGAGAAAAUCGAGGAGUAUCAAAAUCAACGCAGUCCACCAUCCGAUUUACGUUAUCGGGGAUUCGUCUUGGUUAACUGUCUUUAUAAUAAUUUUCAAUAUAUUAAAUUAGAUAGUGUUGAAAGAAUUCCAUUCGUCCCAGUUGCAAAAAGUUUAGACGAUCCUUAUAAAAUGUAUUAUAAACCUCCUAGAGAUUUGAAUUGUUUUAAAGAGAUAAUCCUUCCUAAAUAUAAAGAAAUUGCAUGGAGUCAAAAAUCACUGGUAGCGGAAGAUAUCAUACCACCACCAUUCGUGCUCUCAAAAUAUCCAUCACUUGGUAAGCCAGAUGUUUUUACAGUAGUUAAACAUCUACGCUUUUUGCAUGAUGUUUUAUUGAAUGAUGAGAUGUGGAAAAAUGACUGGGGAGACACAUUCAAACAUAAUGUCUAUGAAGUUUACAAGUGGCUUGACGAAGAAUGUUCAAAUGAAGAUCUCAAUUUAAGCCAAUAUAUUGCACAAAACGAACCAUUAUUUCUUAAUUUUCACAAGACUUCGAAUCCAUUUGAUCCCGAAAACUGGUGUUCAGCAAGUGAUUUAGUCUUGAACAGUGAGCCAGGAGAAAGGAAGUAUGUCAGUCCAACACUUUCCAAAUUUUCUAAUAUGCUCAAAUGUGCAAACGUCCGAGAAAUAAAACCACCGAAUGUAGAGAUACAUGUUAGAUUGCACAAUCAGUUUAAUUUUACCAAUACAAUGUUUGAAUUUCUAUUGAAUCAAGAUCAGGCAACUUUCUUGCAUGAUGUAGUUUUUAAUGUGAGUGGAGAAAUUAUAAGGACAAAUCGAUAUAUGCUUGCAGCGAGCUCGAAUUUUUUCCGUGAGAAAUUCACGUCGAGAGAUUUUGCAGUAUCAAGUCCGGUCAAUCCAGUUACGAUUGUGAUUGAAGAUGUCAAUCCAAACUCGGUACGCAUCUUACUACGUUAUCUAUAUGGCCAGAGUAUCGAAUAUGCGGUUCAAAGUUUAAAUGGGAUCGAAAUAAACCCAUCUUUGGAAAUGAUAAUAUAUGAAGACUUGUUAAAGUUGGCGAAUUCUUAUGAAUUAGAUCAUUUGAAGGAUCUUAUGGAAUUGAAACUCUCGCGACUAGUCUCGAUGUCAAACGUGGGUUUUAUGAGACAAUUGGCAAUAAACUUGAAUGCUAAUCAACUUGAAAAAUAUUGUCAGCAAUUUAUCUCUGAUUAUAAAGAUUUAAUGUAA